AUGCACACGAGGGUAACCACACAACCUGAAUCAGAACCUCAAGAGCUGAUGUGGCCUUACCUCCCCGCUGUCCGUCGGCCCACCCCAGAAUACGCCCGUCCGGUCCCUGAUUCCGACCCUAUCGCCACCACCAGGACAUACGUAAUGGUUGAAGAACACCGCCGGGCCGCCGGUCCAAUAGGCGACUCCCCAAACAACAAUGCUGCUAACCUUUGGACGCGAGCGACCGGUCAUGCGACCAAUGCGAAUGCCCUCGACCAGAACAACCCCCACAAGAGGAGCCCCAGUGCGGACCUUCCCCACAACCGACCGAACGUGCGCACCAGGCCUAAUCACCCUCCCCCAGUCCUGACCGCCCCUGAGGCCCCAAUCGAUCCCGCAAGGAGCCAACUUACGACGACGUAUGACGAAGAUGACCCCCCGGCGGGUCCAAUUGCACGACCAGAUGCGCCACCUCUUGACUGGCCGUCAACCCCCCCAGAUCACAUUGGCGAGCUCGCAAGAUUCCUCAUCCAUUGUGGGAUCGACCUGGAGGAUCAACACACUCGGGAGAUAUUGCUCCAACAUCGGAUCAACCGUUGGCAGCACUUUAUCCUGUCGAAUGAGGCCGAACUCACGUCCCUUGGGAUAACUCUUGGGGCAGCGCGUGCCCUCUGCCAGGAGGCCUCCAACACAAAUAACCCUUAG